CACGUGCAAACGAACUAGUACCCAAAGCAACGAACUUCAACUUUACCAUUGAAGACAAGUUUUUUUGUACGACACCAGACACCAAAUGAUUUUUUCUUUCUGCUUUUCUCCAUAACUGGAAUAACUGGAAAAUUGAUGGCAUGUCCGGCCCUCUCGUGGCUGAACGACUAAACAAGAUCGUCCCCAGAAGCUGCCAAACUAGAGUUGUUCGAUAUCCUUCAACCUUGACCAAAUCCGGCGAUCAAAGAGGACGGCCAGACCGGACCUCAGCCAUCUAGAUCCUCGCGGCAUGGAUCUUCUGGCAAUGAGAAAUGAAUUAGGAUUCAAUUGCGGCUUGACGUAGCAAAGGCUAGUAGCGUUGAAGAGGUCGACCAACACAACACCAGCAAGUGCUGAAUCCACAUGGAGAGCCAGCUAGCCACAGGUAUGCUGGGCCAGAGCCACGAUACCGCUAUUCUAGUGUUUCUACUCCAUCGUGGAUCCGAUCUAAAGGCAAAGCGUUUUUGGGGGAUUUGGAAUAUGACCUUGUUGUAGAUCCAGUUUAUCUGGUUUGGAGGAUGGAGAUCUCUUGCAGGGACCAACUAGAAUCUUCCCCAGACACAUUCACUUGGAGACUCUGGCAAGUCGCUUCUGCUCCUGCUUUCUUUAGGUAUGUUAGACUCUACAUGUUCUAUCACUCAAGAUUGACAUGUCACGAGGGUAUGACAAUUUUGGAUCUGUAUCAACAUCAUGGUCACAGGCGAUAUGAGACCUAUUGUACCUGCAUCAGAAGCUGCAGGAACAGGCGGGAGAGCUACAGGCCCCUAAAGACGCCUCCGAAUCCAUUCCGAGAGCCGACCGCCAUCGGUCACGUCUGGGCCCUUGGCGUCUCCACGUGCAUCAAGAUUCACCUCUGAAGUCUGUUACGCUCGAAUGAUUGUCGUAAAAUCGGCCUCCCGCGCCUCUUCGUCUCUCACUCUGCCGACUAGACUCAACAGAUCAAGCCACUAUAAGGAACUCAACUCGUCCACUUCGCGAUCUACGCCCGAAUUAGCAAGAGAGGAGCUUACCCAGCUGAGCUGUUUUGGAUAGUCUCGUCCUUAGUAGAACUGGCCGAUUGAUACUACCUUCGAGUUUGGCGUGUGUUAGGCGCUUAGUGGCGUCUGUCUAUGACUCCCGCUUUGGGAAGGGUUGUUCUUGUUGUGCCACGAGCUCAUCGGUGUUCACUGGCGUCUUUUGCAUCAUGAUGUUAUUCAGUAGAUUUGUGGCAUUGUGGAUGAGCACGGGGCUUCCGGUUCCUGAGUCUAUGGCUGACAUGACUGAGUUCGUUAAGUUGAUCGAGAGGCGAGGAGAUUUGCCUUAGUAGUCAUGGAAUAAUCGCAAAGGAUAAAUAUCCUCGAAUCCCCCGUACCAUAAACAGUCUUUUCUCAUCAUCCAACAGCAGCUUCUCAAGCAAUCAGGUUACUCUCACACUCUCUUCUUCGGAUCGCAUUCUUUCUUUUACUUGCCCUGGGGCACCACUCUCUUUAAACACCAAGACUGCUUGCAACGUCACUGAGGCACCGGAUACACGAUAUCACUUACAACAACCUCGACAGCUAUUUGCAACUUUCUGUCCUCUCAUUUGAUAACAACAACAAAAUCAUGUACUCUCUUAGAACCAUUGUCGCUGGUGCGACUAUCGCCUUGGCUGGCAUUGCCCAGGCCACCCACAUUGACUACCCGCCUUGUCUUGACCCUUUUCAGCCCUAUGUUUCAUCUGGAUGUUACAUGGAUGGCGUUGAGGGCCAUAUGGGUGGUGCACUCAUCUACCGCUCCGGUCAGAACCAGUACAACAUGACUGUCGAGAAGUGUGUUGCCGAGUGCAAGGGUAACGGCUUCCGAUAUGCUGGUCUCAAGUACUAUGGUGUCUGUUACUGCGGUUCCACCGUUGGUGGCAUUCAGCUUCCUGAUAGCCAGUGCAACUAUCCCUGCACUGGUGAUAAAACCGAAACUUGCGGUAGUGACAAUGCCUUCUCCAUCUGGCAGGAUCCCACUUUCAAGCUCACCAACCUUGGAGGAGUUGUUACUCAACUUCAGGGAACUGUCCAGUCUAUCGCCGGUUAUAAGCCCAACGGUUGCUACACUGACAACUCCUCCAAGGGCCGCGCUCUGACCUGGCCCAUGGAUAUUGAUGGUUCUCAGAUGACCCCCACCAGUUGCUUGACUGCCUGCGCUGACCAGGGCUUCCCUUUUGCUGGUCUUGAAUAUGGUGGUGAAUGCUACUGCGGUAACGUCCUGGCCAAUGACACUGUCAAGGCAGAUGUUGGUGACUGCAACGUUCCUUGCAACGGUGACAAGACCCUCCUUUGCGGUGGGCCUAGUCGUUUGAGUGUCUACGUCGCUGAGGAUCUGCUUUCUCUUCAGCCAUGUGGCUGGAAGCCCAGCAACUCUGCCUCUGCCUCGGCUUCCGUUUCUCUCUGGUCAUCUACCUCUACCACUUCCGCUACUACCUCAAGUGUUGCUACUUCCAGCUCUUCAAGCACCAGUUCUGUCGUUAGCUCGUCCACUACCAGCUCGGUCUCCAGCUCCAGAUCGGUUGUCACCAGCUCUUCCACAACCUUGAGCACUCUGACCAGCACUACUGGAAAUGGACAGUCUUCUACCACGGGUCAGCCUUCUGGGCCUUCUGGUCCUUCUGGUCCUUCUGGUCCCUCUGGUCCUUCUGGUCCCUCUGGCCCUUCUUCCACUACCAACAACCCUCCUGGCCCCUCCAACCCUUCUUCCACCAACGGCAAUGGCCAGUCUACCACCAACAAGCCUUCCACUACAACCACUACUUCCUGCAGCACCACUACUGGUCCUGCUAUGUGUACUUCUACCGUUGUUGUGCCCAACACCUGCGAGUACAAGUGUGGUAACUGGUGUGCUCCGUCUGUCCCUGACUUCCAGGAUCAAAACAGUUGCCAGACCGCUUACAACAACUGCGCCAAGAACAUUGCUGCUUGCUUCCAGAACGCUGGCUGGCCCGGCGCUCUGAACUGCUUCGACUUCUCUAAGUGGUGUGAUGGUGUCCAGGGCUACUGUGCUUCUUCUUGCUCCCGUGGUCGUAGCUGCAACAAGCUUGGCUGCAUCAAGAACAACGCUCCCACUGGCGGAAACAGUGCCUCGACUACCACCAGCGUCUAUCCCUGCGCCGUCACCAGCGCUUCAACCACUUCUUCUGCUGCUGCCACCUCUUGUGCUCCUCAGCCCACCAACAUUUGCCAGCAGCCCAGCUCCAACAUCUGGGGCUACGGUCCCGGCAACCCUGUCGGUGGUAUUGAGCUGCCUCUUGUUGCCUGUAACGACUUGAAGGGCGACUUUUCUCAAAACCCCUUCAAGCUUUACACCAAUACCAACUCCAAUUCUUGCUCUUCUUAUCGCCGCAACCAGCAGUCCAGCGCUUGUGCCGACGCCUGCAAGGCUCAGUACAACGCUUGUGUCGGUACCUAUGUCCAGAGCUGCAAGAAGCUUAACACUCGCAGUGAUAGCAGCAACUACUUCGACAAGCGAUCUCACUCCCACUUCCACAAGCGCGCCCUCGAGAAGUCUGGUAUUGAGCCUCGCUUCUUCAACCUAUUCGGUAACGACCAGUGGCAGAGCGCUCAGAACAAGUGCUCCAUCCAGUAUGCUGACUGUCUCUGGGAGAACGCCAAUGUCAAUUUUAGCAGCCGCUGCCAGAACUUCGGCACUGGUCUGUAAAGGAUGUUCGCUCAGUGAUCUGGAGUUUCGGAGAUCGGUGGUCAAAAGCGGUGGCGGUGUUUGGGUUCGAGCAUAGGAUGGGAGAUCUGGGUUGUACUUUUCGGUUUCGUGUUUACUACUGUUUUCACAUACACUCGCUUGGUUGUUGUUUUAUUGGUUAGACUAUCGUUCGCUAAACAGAAGCUGCUUUGUUUUGAUAAGCCAACUCCUUCUCUUCUCCUUACUUCGUGAACUUGAUCAUAACUCUCAGCAAAAUUCUCUGUCUGUGUUCCGCGUCCCCAUUUUCACAAGCUUCGAGAGGCAAUA